AUGCAAUUCUCCACUUUCGCUACCUUGUCCGCUUUGACUGCCACCGCUUUCGCUGCCUACUCCAACGACACCACCUCGGCUGCUCCAGGCUCCAACGAGACCGUGGUCACCACCGACAUCACCGUCACCGGCUACACCACCUACUGCCCAGAGUCCACUGUCAUCACCAUCACCAAGUGCUCUGACGUUUGCGAGCCAUCUGCCGUCACCGUCACCGAGGCCACCACCUUGACCUUCACCGAGCCAUGUCUCGUUCCAACCACCUACACCACCCACGUCACUGAGGAGACCACCAUCCCAUGCACUGAGUGUGAGCACAAGACCACCAAGGGUGCCGAGUCUGCCACCACCUCUGCUCCAGCCUCCGUCUCUUCUGCCGAGGGUGCUGCUGCCAAGAACGUUGCUGGUGUUUUCGCUGGUGUCGCUGCCGUUGCCGCCGCUUUGAUGUAA